UCUUGCCUCCUGUGACCCCAGCAGGGAAGGCUGAGUAUAAAAAGCAGCCACCUCUCCCCAGAGGCAGGGACCGGCAGCCCUGCUCACUGGAAGUCAGCACCAUGAAGCUGUUCACAGUCCUCGUCUUCUGCUCCUUGGUCCUGGGAGCCAGCGGCUUGUUAUCGUUCCUUGGAGAGGCUGCUCGAGGGGCUUGGGACUUGGUGGGAGCCUACUGGGACAUGAGACAAGCCAAUUAUCAACAUUCAACCAGAUACUUCCAUGCCUGGGGGAACUAUGAUGCUGCACAAGGGGGCCCUGGGAGUGUCUGGGCAGCUAAAGUGAUCAGCAACGCCAGGGAAGAUCCUCAAGGACUCUUAAACCAGCAUCACUUUGGAAGCAGCAGCUGUGAAUUGGAGAACUUGAAUUCCAACCAGAAAGCUGGGGAAUGGGGCCAGAGUGGCAAUGACCCCAAGCACUUCAGACCUGCUAGCCUGCCUAAGGAAUACUGAGCUCCCUGCUCCCUC